AGAAUAUCGUUAACUUAAAGUUAAUUCAAAGCGUAGGUUGCCGGCCAAAGACAAUUGUGGCUCUUUAAACCUUUAUUAAUUGUGGAUCUUUUGUCUUUAAUCCACAUCAUUUAUGUAUUGUUAUCUUAACAAGUGUACAAUUAUACAGGAGUAAUUGGGUAUCACUUAAUUAAUCUCCUGCAUAGUAGUAUUGGACUUAAUGAGCAGGAUUACUGGGCUGUGAACUUAUGACUGUAAGACAUGGCCGACGAAGUUAGCGGCGAUCGAACUCCGCUUCCAUGUGUAAACAAAUAUCGAGGGAUUAGGUUUCCUUACGGAAUCAAAUGGUGAUGUUAGAUGUAUUGUUUUAAAUGGAUGACUUUCCAUGUGUAAACCAUGCCUCUUGUUACUUUAUUGGACCACAUUUUGGGCCCCGUGGGGGUGUACGAGGGUAUUCGUUCAGUCCACGACGACAAUUACAUUGACCGUCUCAGUCAUUACUACACGGUUAUCUUUCUCUUGUUUAUGCAAAUCACCGUGGCAACUAAUGAGUAUGUAGGAGAUCCUAUCCACUGCUUCUGUCCCACGGAAUUUACUGAAAAUGAGGUUGAUUACACAAACUUUGUGUGUUGGGUUUCUAACACCUACCAUAUCCCAUUCUCAAAACAGAUUCCAGCUAACUACGAGGUUCGAAAAAAUGAUGAAAUAACGUACUAUCAAUGGGUUCCAUUAAUUCUUCUGUUAAUGGCUUUUCUCUUCAAAAUGCCAAGGAAUAUAUGGAAGUAUUUCGCUUACACCCAUUCUGGAAUAGGUUUGAAAAAGAUGAUAGAUUUAGUGAAAACGACACAGAAUGACACGCCAGAGGAGCGUGAGAAAAAACUAAACUCUGUGGCGAAAUUCAUCGACUUGUGGAUGAGUAAGACUGCCCAUCACCGGGCGGGCUGUUUCCCCAGCCACCGUUCAAAGGUUGCCACUUACUUUGGAAUAGGAGUAGGGCGACACUAUGGGAACUAUUUGGUAUUCCUUUGUCUAUUUACUAAAUGCCUGUUCCUUCUAAAUGCUGUUGGACAGCUCUUCUUUUUGAACGAGUUUCUGGGAAGUGAUAAGUUCUAUAUUUAUGGAUACGAGGUCGUUCACUCCAUUCUGACAGAAAAUGACUGGACAAGAACACACCGUUUCCCAAGGGUAACUUUGUGCGACUUUGACCUCCGUCAAAUGACCAAUGUUCAACGAUGGACCCUUCAAUGUGUUCUUCCCGUGAAUCUCUAUAACGAAAAAUUCUUCAUCUUCCUUUGGUUUUGGAUCACAAUAGUGGCGAUUCUGACACUAUUCAAUGUGCUCUACUCUAUACUUCUAAUAGCAGUGCCAAAUAAUCGUAAGAGCUUUGUUAAGAAGUACCUUAAGUUCAUUGAUGCUUAUGACGAUAAAAAUAAGGAUUUAUUUACACAAAAAUUAACAAAACAGUUCGUAGAAAACUAUCUUCGAUUAGAUGGUAUUUUUCUUCUGAAGGUGAUUACAGCCAAUACAAAUACUGUCAUGAUAACAGAUAUUAUCCGGAGACUAUUUGACAUUUACCGGAAGAGACAAUUUCACAUGGAGACAAAUGGCGUCUCUCACACAGUACAUGCGUACGGAGAGCCAGAGUCACGUCAUCAUGUCACGCCCCUUAAAGGGCGUGUUGUGCACCUGAGUGAAGACGACAUGCCCAAAUCAUAUAUGGAAAGCUUUGUCUGAUUUAUCAAGAUUUACUUUAUUUGCAUAAAGUUUUUGGUGAUAUAUUGUUAAGUAAUUUCUUCUUCGUCUAUGUGCUUUGAGUUGUUUGUUGUAUUUGCAAUUUUGAAGUGCAGAUGUUGAUAUAAUGUAAAGCAAUUUUAUUAAAUGGAGAAAAAAGUUUACAAUACAAU